CACUGCUGAUGCUGAUGCGAGAGCUUUCGGUGUCUGUGAUCAACAUCGGUGGACUGGCUGCCAAACGAUGGAGCUUUUUAAUCAUAUUUUUACACCCCUUUUGUUUCGUUCUCGGCUUCGACGCGGGACGCUGUGACGGAUGUGAUUUGUGAGGCGAGGAUCAUCAGAGGGAUUUGACGAGGAAAUAACGGUUUCGUCUCGUCACUCGUCUGGCCUGUCUUGUCACUGACACAGGUGGAUUGGCGCUGGAAAACGGCAACGAAAUGAAGACAUAAUCUCGGACUAUCACAGAGGCGACACUUUUCGUGGUUACCUCCUCAACAGUAGGAUAUCGACGCUACCAUUUUGUUUAAUUUUAUCGGGAGACGAAGAAGCUGGACGGUCUGGUGUUAGCUCGCUAAUAGGCUAAUUUCGCUAGCUAGUCAGUUAGCAGCUCCUCCGGCCAAUGGCACGGAAGAAGUGGGAUGCUCGAAGGAGGAGUUAACGUUAGUUGCUAGCAUAAAUUCACUGGAAGGUUUGUCGGCGUUUUGUUUAGUGAAACCGCCUCGCAAUGAGAUAUUUAACAUGACAGCUCGGGGUUAAUUUAGGUGUCGACAACACUGGUCACUCUGUUUCCUCGCUGCACUUUCGCCUCUUCCGCAAAUUAGCUUGCGAUGGAUAAGAUUGGAUAAGCGGCUAAGAAAGCUAAUGUUGACAAACACCGGGGACUUAACGCGUUAAUUUGUGUUAUUUAAAGCUGGCUCUCGAGCUGAGAUGCUGUCGACCGUUUUUGUCUGUUAAUAUCUGACUCUGAGGUGAAGCAUGUUGACGUUGGAUGUGCUGAAGCUGAAACAUUUGGCACCAACCAGGAGCGGACCUGCCAUGACAGAGAGGCACACAGUAGGUCAACACACAUUAAUAUCAACACGGCUAUGAAAGUAGGGUGAAUUUUUAAUUUAGGCAACACUGACAUCGUUUCUAAACCAACCUACCUUACUGAAACUACCCCUGCUAGUCUACUUUAUACUUAAAUUAAACAGUCACAACACCUGCCUGCAGCUUUUACAUGUCAAUGCUUGUGGGACAUCCACACAUUCAUUUUAAGAUGCCACCGGAGAUGUGUGUAGCCAUUUAAAAACAUGGCAUUAAAGCUGAAGAACUGGACAGCAGUGAGAUAAUACAGCAGCUUUCUGAAGUGAGUAAAGUGGAGCAGCCAGUAUAAAUGGAGCCGACAGUUGUGUCUGGCCCUUUGGGGCACACACAGUGGGAGACAGACCAGCCAUUUCCUCUCGGGUUUCACAAUCUGGAUUCAGACAAUGAAGGUGUGCUCUGUCAAAAUAAGGGUGACCAGACAGGUUUGGAUUUCAGAAAAGGCGACCAGUGUGAAACAUCCCAGCAAAACGAUGAAGAAAUUAUAUACCAGGACGAGCCAGUGGAGUUGGACAACCUCAUCAAUAUCACUGGUUUUUCUUGUGGAGAUUUGCAGUUUGAAGGAAAUCAGUGUAGUAUUUCCAAAGCUUCUCUCCAUGGUACUCAUAUAGAGGAGUUGUCCUUCAUAGAAAAAACUGAAGGACCUGAUGAACUGAGUGACUGCACUUUGUCGUGGCUGUUUUCUUCCAACUUCACUGAUGUGGUUGGGAAAAACCCUGCCCAUGAGGAUCUGAGUCUGACUCAGGAGGCCCAGCUUGAGAGCACAGAUGCCCUCAGUAGUCAGGCUGAGCUAAUAAGCAUCAGCGCACCGGUCUCUCCAUCAAAGAUAUCCGAAAAGAAUCCAGAGACCGACAGGGCAGAUCCAUUUUUAUUGGUAGAUCUCCUCUCAGAUCAACCCCUGGAGUCCUCAGGUGAGGUGAACCCACAGGGUGCUAGUGAGGAGCUGGUAGACCUGUUUCAAGAGACGCAGGCAGGUCUUCCUCCCUCACAGAGCGGAGAGACUUUGUCACCUGAAACUGGAGACAAAGGCUUUUUCCCUGAUCAAGUGACCGAUCUGCCUGUUACUUGGAGCACUACCCUGCAAGGUUUACCUGAGAGCUGUCUCCCGCAUAAUCACGUCAACACGCCACUGGAGUGUUUCGAAGGAUCUGUGCCUUUGUUGGAUUUAGAGGUUCCGGAUUUCGACAGCAGUCUGAGCCUGUGCCCUGCCAGUCCUCCCUCUCUUAUCUGCACAGGUGCACCAUUAGAUUUAUCAACAGAGGAGUCGGAGGUGGAACACGCGGGAGCUGCUGUAAUUAGAAAUGUGACUUCAGAGCAACAAGGUGAGAAUGACUCACUCGCUUUGGGUUUGUCAGCUGAAGCUUCAUCACUGACAGUGCCUGUGGCGGAAGAUGCCUGCAUCCAGGGUGAUUUCACCAGCGAGAGUAGCUCUGGGCAAAAUGAGUCUAAAGAUUUGAUGGAAGACAAUAUUUGUUCUGAAGCCAAAAAUCAGGGGGAUGAGGCAAUGGCUUUGGAUCUGUGCUUGACUGCUGACGAGGUCCACGAUGAGGACACUUGGGACUUGAAACCUCAGGAGGAUUUACAGAAUGAAAGUGUUCCCGAUCCCACAACUGAACAGAGGGAAGAGGAAAAGUUGACGGACAGUAACCAGCUGGAAGGAUCAGAUUGUCAUGAAGCUGCCUCUUUUGAUUUUUCAGUUCAGGACUUAGACACUUCUCCUCCCGAGGCCGGAUGGACUAGUGAGCAAACUGUUGAGACAAUUUCCCUGUCUAAGAUGGUGGUAGAUGACUCACUGCCAAUGGUCUCAGCUGUAAAUACGAGGGAGGAAGAUGUCUCCCCGUUGAAAGCUGUAUUCGAUGCUUUAGACCAAGAUGGAGAUGGCUUCGUUCGCAUUGAGGAGUUUAUGGAGUUUGCUGCUGCCUAUGGGGCCGAUCAGGUGAAGGAUCUGACCAAGUUUUUGGAUCCCAGCGGACUGGGAGUGAUCAGCUUUGAAGACUUCCACCGUGGGAUCUCUGCAAUCAGCAAUGGAGGUCCCGAGCCACAGCUCUACAAUGUAAACUACAGUCCAGGCGAUGGAGCUGUGGGCUGUCCAGAAGAGUACGACGAGCAAAAUGAGGUGACAGACAGCGCGUACCUCGGCUCCGAGAGCACUUACAGUGAAUGUGAGACCUUCACCGAUGAGGACACGGGUGCCCUCGUACCCCCCGAGAUGCACGAGGAUGUGGAGACGGAUAGCGGCAUCGAGGCCACGCUGCACGACCCUGAAGACGGCGGAAAUAGGUUUUCCCUGAACUCCGAGCUCCAUAACCACUCGCUGGUGACGGUCAUCGGUGGAGAGGAGGAGCACUUUGAGGACUUCGGGGAAAGUAACACCUCAGAGUUGCUCUUGGAGAGCAGCGUGGAGGGGACAGAGGGGGGGGGCGACUCCCCUCUCGUGCAACCACCUGAGCAGAUCAAUGGGUGCUCACUGCUCUCUCCAAGUGCACCUGCUCCUCUCCCUGACUGCUUUCAGAGCUUCCUCAGGGAGGAGGCGCUGGACUUUUUCUGUAGCCAGUGUCACAAACAAAUAAGUCGUCUCGAGGACCUCUCCACCCGUCUCAAUUUCCUAGAGAUGACUAGCGCUGGCAAGAGGCUGUCCAGCAAGAAAGUAGCAAGACAUCUCCUCCAGAACAGCUCGAUGACUCUGGACACCAUGAGUGACUUGACGCGGGACAUCCUGGAGCUCGCCGACAAUGACAUCACAGACAAGGUGCUCCUCCUCGAGCGCCGAGUAGCGGAGCUGGAAAAGGAGUCGGAGGCAUCGGGGGAGCAGCACGCGCGGCUGCGCCAGGAGAACCUUCAACUGGUGCACCGGGCCAAUGCCUUGGAGGAGCAGCUGAAGGAGCAGGAGGUCCACGCUGAGGAGCAACAACAGCAGGAGAGCCGUCGUCACAAGGAGGCCUUGACCAAGCUGGAGAGGGAGAGAGGGCUGGAGCAGGAAAACCUGCAGGCCAGGCUGCAGCAGCUGGACGAGGAGAACAGCGAGCUGAGGUCCUGUGUUCCUUGUCUUCGAGCAAAUAUCGAGAGGCUAGAGGAGGAGAAGAGGAAGCUGCAAGAUGAGACUGAAGUCAUGUCUGACAGGCUGCAGGACGAGAUUGAGUCACGCAGGAAGAUGGCUGACAAGCUGAGCCAUGAGCGCCACCAGAGCCAGAAGGAGAAGGAGUGCACUCAGGAGCUCAUUGAGGACUUGCGUAAACAGCUUGAGCACCUACAGCUCUACAAGCUAGAGGCUGAAGCGAAGAGAGGGCGCACACCUGGAGCGGGGCUGCAGGAGUAUCAGACCCGCACCCGUGAAGCAGAGCUGGAGCAGGAGAUCAAACGACUCAAACAGGACAACCGCAGCCUGAAGGAGCAGAACGACGAGUUAAACGGCCAGAUUAUCAACCUGAGCAUCCAGGGAGCCAAGAAUUUAAUGUCGGCCUCCUUCUCUGACUCCCUGGCAGCUGAGAUCAACAAUGUGUCUCGCGUAGAGUUGAUGGAGGCUGUCCACAAACAGGAGGAGAUCAACUACAGACUCCAGGACUACAUCGACAAAAUCAUCGUGGCCAUCAUGGAGUGCAACCCCUCCAUCCUCGAGGUCAAAUAGACAGCACGCAGCCAGACGGCCACGCACAGUGACUCCUCAGGCUGUUCAAAGUGUUGGAGACUUGGCUAAAAGAAAACUAUCAAGAAAAGGAUGUAAAAAAUAUUCGGAUAUCAUUUUGGUAGGAAAACAACAGCGCACUCAACUCAUCUAACUCACCCCCCCCAAAAAAAAGAAGGAUUUGAGAUUUCUAAGAAGUCUGUGGCUGCUGGUGAAAAAUAAUUUUCAGUUAGAUAUCCCUCGAGUCUGUGCUUAUUUGUGAGUGUAUAUGUGUUGACCCUCCUGAAUACACUUGGGUUCUGGUGACCUCCAUGUAUUUGGCAAGAGGGACCCGAGUCUCCCCUUGUUGAGUGAAUGAAUUUGUAAGUUACAAGAUCUUCCCGUCCCUUCCCCUCCGGAAAAACAAAGUGUCAACGUUUGAAACAAUCACACAAUUCUACAGAACCGAAAGGCCUUAAACGAAAGGUGAUCCAAGUAUUGAUUAUUUUAAGCAUGCCAUACAUGCCUCAGUUCAGUCAGUGAUGUAUUAACUGGGAUGGUGGUGGUAUGUGGGCUGUGAUCUCCUGAACCAAGCUGAAUCGGGUUUCACUCACAAGUGAGAAAGCCGUAUGAAGCGCUGGGCGGGAGAUUGAAGCAGCAUUUUAUCUUUUCAAUUUGUCUUUAAUGUGUUUAAAGGGGUAGUUGACCCACAGAAUGAUCAUUUGUAUAUCAGUUACUCAUCCUAUGUUUGAUGGAAUUAGUGAAGAAAACUUUGUUUUUCUGGCAUCCACCACAUUGAACCAAGAAUCCAAAAAUGGGAAGAAAAAUCUUGAUUAAUUGAAAUGAUAGGGGUCCAUGUUUAACAACAGCAAAACUAUAUCAAAACAUCCAUUUACAAACUCUUGCAGUAUAAUCCCAGUAUCAUUUCUCCCUUCGUAUGCUCAGUACUUCCUAAACAGACAGCCCUUUCUGACAGGGAGCUGAACUGAAAGCUUUUGUCAAAGCCAGACUCCAUUCAUAAAAGCAGUAAUUUUACUUUGCUGAACUUGGGAGCUGCUGGUCUACCACUUCCUCGAUUGGUUUGUUUGUUUGUGUCAUUGUGUUACUUCCCUGUGUCCAAACUAACUUUUUAAAACACCAACGUCUCACAAUAACACAAACAAACCAACUGAUCAAGGCAGUGGUAGACCAGCAGCUCCCGUGUUUAGCAAGGUAAAAUGACUGUUUUUGUCAAUGGAGUCUGGUUCACUUCAGUUCCUCGUCAUAAAGGGCUGUCUGUUUGGGAAGUACUGAGCGUACGAGUGAUUAAAUGAGACUUGGAUUAUACUGCAGAGUUUAUAAACAGAUGUUUUGAUAUACUUUAUCUGUUUUUUAAAGGUGGACCCCUAUGACUUCGGUGUAUUAGGAUUUUUUCCCAAUUUGUGGAUUCUUGUUCACCAUUGAGGCAUGUGAGAAAUCAAAGUUUUCUUCUUGUAUUCAACGUAACAGGUGGUGAGUAAUUGAUACUCAAAUGGUCAUUUGGGCGGUGAAGUGUUCCUUUAAAGCUUGUGGUGCUCCCUACCAGUCCCUAUACCCUUGUGUUCUAUCCUUUAACCAAGUUUAACUUACCAGUGAACCCAAGUGAGGGACGUUUCAAGGGGUCGAGGAUGAGAAAUGCCCUGAGGGUUUAUUAUGUGUGCGUGUGUGUGUGGUGUUGUUUAUUUUGCGCAGUGUUACUUUAAGAUUCUGAAAAAGCUCAGUGACACCAGCGUGUGAUAUAAGCUUCAGUGUCCCAAAUGAAGGAAGUGGGCGGUUUAUAAUUUGCUUCAUCUCAUUUUUUGUUUUACAAUGAAACAGGGUCCCGGAGCUCAGGUGGGCUGGAAACCUCAAGUGAAAAAGACGUACUACAUUUCCCAUCACUCCCUGGCACAAAUAUAAAUGAACUCAAACUGAUCUCAGAAAGUGUAGACUGUGAUAUAACCUGCUAAUACUGACACAUUCACUUUGUAAACUCUUGAAACACUUGAACUAAGCAUGAAGGGAAACUAAUGAGUGAUUCUGGGAAUUGUAGUGUAGUGUCUUUUUUUUUUUUUUUUUAAUUGUAGUACAGCCCACCCGAGCCCAGUGUUCUCUUGCUGAGUGAAAGUAAUGGGGAGCAAGUUUAUCCAGGUAACCAACCUUUGUUGUUUUCCGCUGCACAAGUGAUUUAUUGUCGGUGAAAAUGUUAUUGAGACUGAAAAAUGCUGACAAGUUGUAUGUGAAUAAUCGAACGGUUGUACUUUGCACUAAGUUUUGUUUUGAUUUCAUUGUUUUGUUGAUAGACAAAAUAUGUUAAUUGUGAAGGGAUCAAAUCGGUAAUGGAGAUAGUUCUGAGGCUUGUAUGAUAGUGAGUGGGAUUUGUUGCUACUGACAUGCCAGCAAAGUGUCCCACUCAACACUAAAGAAUAAAAGCAUCACUUAUUUUAUUAUAAUGAAUUGGAAAAAAAUCAAGAAUACUACAAACUACAUUUUGCAGCCAUGACUUUAAUUUUCAGUCACAUAUUGUAUUUUUUCAGAUGAGCUUUUACGCUGGUUAUCGGCCAGCUUUAAUGUUUUCCAGACCAGAUAUAAUACUGAAGAGACAUGGCAGACUUUGGUAGCAAUAAUGCUCGGCUAGAACGUGGACAUUGGUGAAGGGCGGACGAAACAUACCUGCUCUUUAUUCUUUCUGCUGAAGCAACAUCUGCUUUCUCUGGAAACGUACGGACUGAAUUUGGACUGAUGCUUAUCGGUACCGCGCAGCCAUCACUUUUGGACUUUGGACUCUGGAUACAUGAUACCUACAAGAUAUCUUAAGGGAUUUGUAGUUGAAGCUAGUUGGGGAGGUUGUUCAAAAAACAGCAUGGCAUUCUGCACCAAUAUGCUAAGAAGAAUUCCUAUUUUUCACCCUGUACACCUCCGUGUGUGUCACCGCUCUCCUUCACCUGCCACUCCAUGGAAAAAAAUGGCCUUGGAUGUAAAUGACUUGUACAUGUAAAGUUUUUUCUACACUCAUUCUAGAUUCUAGGUAUUUUUAUAGUCGGAAGAAAACGAACAUUUCUUCUCGUUGUCUUAUGCUGAGAGACAGCUGCCUGUAUUCUUCUCUAGCAUGUAGCGUGUACAGUAUCUGUUGGGUUAUAUUUUUUUCUCUCUCCUCGUUUGGAAUCACAUGCCGAUAUUUAUUCAUCAUUUGACACAACUCACACUCUGUGAUCUGUUCUGCUGAAUAUUAUCUUUGUACAUUUUUUGGGGGGGGAUUCACAAUGGCGGGGAGGUUUAAUGAAUCUGCGAGAAGAGAAAUUGUCUUUUGGGUGACUCGCCAUCGCGUGCAAAAGCUUGAAUGUGACCUGCUCGGAGUGGUCGUUUGUUGAGGUCACGGCACUCUUCCGUAACGCUGACGCUGCCGCGACCUCCUCAGGGUUGUGAUUUUUAGACAUUAUGGCCGAGUCUGCAGUUUCUACUGUUGUCUUCCCAGAUGGAGUCAGGUCCUGCAUGGUAACACCGAUUUUUUUUUAUUUUUAUUUUUUAUUGUAUAUCUCUGAUUCAGUGAUUUAAACCUAUGUUUUGACUGACAAAUCAUAUGCUAUAAUUUCCAUUAGUGGAGUUGUGAGACCUCGCAAUGUCAACACACGACACCUUAAACCUCAAGGCUUUGCUGAGUUCAGCUUCCUGCCUUUCAGUGUGACAGGAGGUUUGCCCCCAACAGAUUUAACACUCCAUUCGUUAUAGUAAUGAAUCCUUUUUUGCAUUACAAACAGGAAAUGGGAUUACACUUGAACACGGCAGGCUAUAUUACACUUAAUUCUCUCCCUGCUUCGUAUUUUAAUAUUUGACAGACAGUUUGGGGACUAACAGGAGCGGCAAAAGAAUAACUAGUGAGACCACAGAGCUGACGAAACAUUCCCUCUUAGCAGAGCUGAAGGUGAUCGCACUUUAACCACCGAUUUUUCGCCAUUUUAACGCCUGCUUUCAAAAUGACCAAAGACAGAUGUUUGAAACUGAUCAUUUUAUCUAUCAGGGUCCGUGACCUUUUUGGUAACAUUUUCCUGCUCUGAUAAAUCAUAAAUCAACUCUUUACCCUGACGGAAAACAAAAAGCGGCCUGCUAGUCUAAACACUGUGCCUCUGUGUCUCAAACUUUGCCUCUAAACUAACCUGACGAUGAGCCCUGGGGAAAGCACUGACCACGUGACUGUCAGUUUGUUAAAUUAUAAUGAUGAAAAACCUAAACUGUAAAUAUGAAUCGUCAUUUUUGUGAAAUUUUUCUUUCUCUCUCUCUCUCUCACACACACAAACACGCACACACACACGCACACACUCACUUUCCAGUGUCCAAAGAAAGUUUGCUCAAGGCACAAACAUCACUACUGUAGUAGUGCAUGGCUUGCCAUCAUGUGACAUGGGAAGAUUAAAAAAGAGAAUAUUGUAGAAAAGAGAAAUUGUAAAAGUUAAAUUUAUUCCUAUUUUCAAAGAUAAAUGUAUAAAUUAUAACAGUAUUGGUUACAGCUGUAUAUUAUUUUUGAAGAUCCCCAAAUGAUCUAAUCCUAAUUGUUACUGGGGAAAUAUAAUUUCAGUCAUUGUAAAAAGAGAAAAAAAAAUAAAGGUAAGAAGUGAAAGUAAGAUUAGAAAAAUAAAUGGAA